ACAUCAUCCAGUAUCUUUUUGGACUCUGGUAUUCCAGUAUCCACCGUACAGUGAAGUACAGUUCGUAAGCGCAUCACAAUGAAGUCUCUGGUGUUGUUGGGUUUGGCCACCCUACUGGUCUUGAGUUCGGCGGCCGAGGAGAAGCAGCAGUCUGCGGCCCCAGAAGCGAAACCAGCAGCGGAGGGCGAAAAGCGCCACGAUAAGCGUGGUCUGUUCGAGCACGACUUCGGUGGACAUGAUUUCAGCGGCCAUCAUUUCGAAUCGUACGCCCAUGGCCACCAUUAUGAUCUGCAUCCGCACCACGAGAAGACGCUGACCGUCGUCAAGAAGGUCCCGGUCCCGUACCCAGUGGAGAAGCACAUCCCAGUGCCAGUGGAGAAGCAUGUGCCCGUCCCGGUGAAGGUUGGAGUGCCGAAGCCCUACCCAGUCUACAAGACUGUCCACUACCCGGUCAAGGAGAUCGUCAAGGUGCCAGUGCACGUCCCAGCCCCGUACCCGGUUGAGAAGAAGGUCCCGUACCCAGUCCACGUUCCGUACGAUCGUCCCGUCCCGGUCAAGGUGUACGUGCCCGCUCCCUACCCAGUGGAGAAGAAGGUCCCGGUCCCGGUGAAGGUCCAUGUCCCAGCUCCGUACCCAGUUGAGAAGAAGGUCCCGUACCCGGUCAAGGUCCCAGUGCACGUUGAGAAGCCGUACCCGGUUGAGAAGAUCGUCCACUACCCAGUCCAUGUGCCAGUCGAUCGCCCAGUCCCGGUCCAUGUUGAGAAGCCAGUCCCGGUCCCGGUGGAGAAGCCAGUGCCGUAUGAGGUCAUCAAGAAGGUCCCGUACCCAGUGCAUGUCCCGUACGAUCGCCCCGUGCCAGUGCACGUUGAGAAGCCCGUCCCAGUCCCGGUGAAGGUGCCAGUUCCGCAGCCCUACCCAGUGUACAAGCACAUCCCGGUCCCGGUCGAGAAGCACGUGCCCUACCCAGUGAAGGUUCCGGUUGAGCGUCCAGUGCCGUACACCAUCGAGAAGCACAUCCCUUAUGAGGUCGAGAAGCCAGUGCCGUACCCGGUCAAGGUCCCAGUCCAUGUCCCAGUGCACCACCAUCACGAGCACGAACAUGUCGAGUACGAACACCACCAUCACUAGAGAUAGCACGCAUUAGCAUUGUGAUAACCAUAGGAAUACCCUUCUCCCUUCCUUCCCACGACAAUUGAAACCUCCAUCCCAACUUCCUUUAAGAAGAGGCAGCAGAAGAAGAACAAAAAACGACUCCCAAGUUACCUCCCGGUUAGUGUCCGGUUACGUAAUAGCUAAGUGAAUUCACCAACCCCAUGACACAAAACAUGCCACACCAUUCACAACUAACAAAACACAACAACAAACCAGACACAAAUUAACCGUCCAAAACCGUCCAAUUUUUUCAUACUCACUCGAUGAGUGGUAUCGAUCGUCGAUUUCAGCUCGAUUGAUAAGUAUAAUGUUAGUGUGUGGUAGCAACGCAUGCAUGCAAAUACUGUAUCAGCAUGUGGUGACGCAGAGAGACAGUUAGAGCGAGAGAGAGAAAGAAUGAGAAAGAUGAUGAAACAUUUCAUAAUUUCUUCGUCAAAAUCUCAACACAUCAAACUUUAAAUGCGAAACGCGCGCCCGCGCUCGCAAAACGCGGUCAGACAACGAACCCGAUUCGAAACCACGAAAUGCUGCGAUUGAUGCAGCUUUAAACAUAUAUUUUUUGUGCCUGACAAUUGUUAGGAUUGUUGCCCGGUUCGAGAGCGAAGAGGAGUGUGUUAUGCUAUGGUCGAAAAGACUUAACCAAUAUGAAAGCUACGAUGAAAGCGGAAGAAGUGAUAAAACGAAAAGUCGAAUAAAAAAAAAUGAAAAUAAAAUCAUUGUUGAAACCAA